AUUUAUCACUUAUUCUGCUACUGUUGUUUAUAGCUUAAUGCGUAUGUCUCAUCAAUCUAGUAGGAUUUUAGCUUACUCUGCUAAAUGCGUUCAUAUUGAUCUGGCUCAUAGAUCUGGUCGGGUUUUAGUUUUACUCUACUAAAUAUGUUCAUAUUGAUCUGGCUUAUUGUAUACGGAGUAUUAUAUAUACGUAAUAUAUACACACACAUAUACAUAAAAGUUAAACGGGUAUAUAUAUAGGAAAAGUAAUACUCCGUAUAUGUACUAAUUACUGCUCUUUUUCUAGCAUCACAUUUUUGCAAGAUUUAGUUUUAGUUGAUGAUUAUCCUUUUCUCCUAUCCCUUGUAUAUAGUAGUUCGGAAGUUGUGAUUUGUGAACCACUUUUGUAUAUCAACAAGCUCUAAAAGAUAAGUAGUAAAUAAAUAAAUGUAUUACACUCUAAUUACAUGGAGUUGCAUUUUUUGUUAGUGUUGAUCAUGGACAGCUCAUUGCAAGACGAAAUCACAAUGUGCAUGGCAGCUUAUGUUGUCGCGUUAAACUUUAGAAACUUUCUUUUCAUUGUACUUGCCAUGUUAGAAUAUUAUAGAGACACUUUUAUUUUACGGAAGAGGAAGAGAUGUCAAAAAGGAAGUGCUCAUGAGAGAUAUGAAAUUAGAUGUGUCAAUUUUAGAAGUAUGAUUUGGGAUGACGACAUAGAAUGCGUAGAUAGCAUUAGAAUGGAUAGAAGGGCAUUUUACGUGUUGUGUAACAUGGUUGAAACCAUUGGCAUGUUGCGAGCGACAAAAAAUUCAUCUGUUGAGGAAAUGCUUGCUUCAUUCCUCUAUAUACUCGCUCAUCAUACUAAAGUUAGAGUGGUCAAAAGAGAAUUUGUGCGUAGCGGUGAAACAAUAAGCCGACACUUUAAUAAAGUCUUGCUUGCUAUCUUGAGAUUGCAUGAAGUUUUGCUUAAGAAGCCUGAACCGGUGCCUCAAAAUUGUAAAGAACAUCCUUGGAAAUGGUUUAAGAAUUGUUUGGGAGCGCUAGACGGAACUUAUAUUCAGAUAAAUGUCCCUGAGCAAGAAAAGCCAAAAUAUAGGACAAGGAAAGGGGAUUUGGCCACAAAUGUACUUGGAGUUUGUUCUCGGGAUUUACAUUUUAUCUACAUAUUGCCUGGGUGGGAAGGUUCUGCUGCGGAUGCAAGGGUAUUAAGAAGUGCGAUUUCAAGGCCAAAUGGCUUUGUAGUUCCUCAAGGU